AUGUCUUAUUCAAAAUCAACCCUUUAUGAGGAAUCUCAACCUGAUGACUACGUUCCUAUGUCUUUAGAUAUAGAAGAAGUAGAACACCAAUCCGAAGGAGAAAGUGAAAACAACCAAGACGAUGAGUUUGAUUUCCCUUUGUUUUCAUUUGGCGGUGAAGUUGGGGGUGAAGAAAAGGAAGAUGAAGAUAGAGGUCGUACACAAGUAAUGAAAGUUUCUUUACGUGAAGAAUCAGUAGAAAGAAUUAUUCAAGAAAGACCUGAAACUUAUUAUUUCGCCAAAUAUACUGAAGAAGAAGUAUUGCAAUUCAACCAAGCAGCAAUAACAUCAGAAGAAAUCAUAAUAAUGUCUCAACAAAAGGAUAUAGAUAGUCAUCCUUGGAAAGUACUAGAUUUAAAUCAUCAUAAUGAUAUAAUAGAACAAGAAAAAUCCAAAAAGAAGAAAAGACCAGGUAAGAAUAAAAGAUUAGGAAUCAUCAAAAGUCGAGAACGUAAGGCUGAGAGACAAAAGGUGUUCAAAGAAGUUGAAAAACAGCAUAAGAAAUAUUUGAAAAAGAAGAUGUUCCAUAAAAGAGGAGGUAAAAAACAUAAAAAGAAGGAAAAUAAAGACGAUAAACCCAAAUAUAGGACUGAAUAA